CAUCGCGUCGCCCAUCAGGGUCACACCGCUGUCCGGGGCGAGGCAUGACGUCCUCAUCGCUGCCCGGAGGUCGCCGCGCCGCAGGCGCGCUGGUGCUGCUGCUGGUGGCGGCGGGGGCGGCGGUGGCGGCGGGGGAGCAGGACGCGGCCGCCUGCCCGCCGCACGACUCGGCCAGGUCGCGCCCGCGCUACCUGCCGCACCCGGGCGACUGCGCCAUGUUCCUGCGCUGCCACGGCGGGCAGGGCGUGCCGGGCCGCUGUCCCCCGGGCACCGCCUUCCUGCGCGCCGACGCCGCGUGCGGCGACCCGCGCCGCUCCGACUGCGCCUCGCCCUCCUCCCCACCCUCCUCCACCACCGCCGGCUGCGCCCCUGGCGGCGGCUGCGGGUACCGCUGCUCGUGCCGCCGCGCCGCGGGAGCCUCCUGCCCCGCCAGGGUCGCCUUCCCCGCGCGACUGCGCGUCACCCGGCCGGGGUGCCCGCGAGGCGACGGGACGUUCCCGCUGCUGGGGGGAGGGCGCGGGCGGGUGGAGCCCGCACCCGGCGCCUCCACCUUCAGCGUGAGCAGCUGCCCCGAGGGGCUGCCCGCGGGCCGCUCCGUCGUGCCGCACUUCGCCGACUGCUCGCGCGUCUUCCUGUGCGUGGACGGCCGCGAGGAGAGCAGCGAGUGUCCCGCGGGCUUCCUCUUCAGCCCCGACACGGGCUUCUGCGAGGAGUCGCGCCUCGUCAACUGCUCCGCGCCCAACGAGGUGCACCCGACGGCCGAGGGCUGCCCGCCGGAGGCCGCGCUGCUCGAGUGCCGCUACUCCUGCGACUGCGCCGGCGACCCUGGCGGCCGGGACGAGAACUGCCCGCCGCGCCUGGGUCUCCGCUACCGCCUGCGCAUCUUCGACACCAACAGGAACCCGGCCUGCCUGCGCGAGGAGGGCGCGACGUCGCUGGGCGACCAGUACGUGGCGACCGGCGACGUGGAGCGCGGCUCGGCGGCUGCGCUGUACUGCCCUGCGGAGUCGUCGCGGGGCAGACCCGUCUACCUGCCGCACCCGGCGGACCGCGGGUCGUUCAUCGCGUGCUACCGCGGCGCGCAGAGCGUGAGGACCUGCCCCGCGGGCUGGCGGUUCGACCCGACCACGAGGCGCUGCGUCCGCGACGAGGGAGGCCCUUUCUCCUUGUCCUCGUCGUCGUCGUCGUCGCAUCAGCGCAGGUGCCCCACGACGUGGGUGUGCUCCGCGGCGUACCGCGGCGUGCCGCACAUCUCCGACUGCACCUUGUUCUGUCGCUGCGACGGCACGAGGCCCGUGCUCGCCGCCUGUCCCCCGGGCAGCCACUUCUCCCCGCGCUCGCAGACGUGCGAGGACCCCGUCGUCGCCAGCUGCAGGCCGACAUGCGCGCAACUCGGCGACCUGAACGGGUCCGGGGGCGAGGACCGAGGCUCGUGGCAGCCGAGGAGCUGCGUGGACGGAGACAGCGCGCUCGGCGCCAGGUGCCGCCUCAGGUGCCUGCGGGGCUACGAGCUGGACGGCAGCGUGAGGGUGCGCUGCACGCGGCGGGGCUGGGCCAGCAGCGGGGUCCUCGACGUCAUCCCGGCCUGCAGGACGCCAGAAGAGAUUGGCUCAGAUUUAAUAAAGAAGAUCAACGAAUCCCUUAUUGAAAUUGGAAACAGACAGACCGAAAUGCUCUUCAUCAUUGAUGAUGCGAACAGAAUCACUGCACCACAGCUAGAAAUUCAAAAGCAUCUCGUCGCAUCCAUAGUAAGGACCUUCCCGCUGUCGCAGCGGCGGGUCGCGGGCGUGGCGACGCUGGGCGACGCGCGCGUCUAUAUCCGGCUGAUCCGGGCGACGACGUGCGACUUCCUGGCGGAGCUGCGGUCCGUGGGGCGGGCCGCCGCCCCCGGGGCUGGAGGCGGCGGCGGCGGCAGGCGGGCGCCGGACGUCACCGAGGCCCUGCGCGCCGCAGAGGCCGAAGUGGACCGGCGCGGUUCCGCGUCCCGCGCCCUCAUCUUCCUGAUUACCUCUAAGAGAACCCGCACGAAGCCGCUGCCCGCGGCGGACGAGCUGAAGAACGGCCGCCACGUCCUCUUCACCAUCGGCGUGGGCAAGUACAACCGCAAACAACUGAGCAGCGCUGCCUCCCGCCACAGGGACGGCUCCAAGCUGUUCUUCGGCCUGUCCAGCGUCAAGUCGGUCAAGAGGAUGGUCGGCCACGUAGCGAGAGAAUAUAGCACCGAAGAGGCAAACUACUGUUUUUGAAAACUACAGAGCGAUAAUUUGGAGAAGAGUAAUUUCCUGAAUGCUUGAAAUUUUGCACGCGUAUUUCUUCAAGUGACAUUGUAAAUUCAGUGUUUCAAUUAUGUUAUAAAUACGCUUUGAAGAGACUGACACUGCUAAAGUAACACUUUUUUGAGUGUUACAAAUUAUUUAUCAAUAUACAAGGUGCUACAGAUAAUUUUUCUAAUUUUAUUGUGUAUUAUAUAGUGCACAGUAUGUGAAGUAACUGCUGGAGCAAAAUUCAAGAUGCAAGGGAAUAACUAGGUAUUUUAUUGGUAAUUAUGUAAGCUUACUAAAAAUACCUAAUUUCCUCGAUUUAAAGACGAAAGUUUUUGUGACUUACUGAACUAAGAGAAUUGGAUACGUCUUACAAUUUAUGGCGUCUUUCAUUCGCCAAAUUUAUAUCAUUUUGAGAUUUAUCAGUUAAUUAUAUUUUUGAGGUUCACCGUUAAUUAAGUUUUUAAAAUUUAAAUGUGGAAUGUAGCUUACAAAAUAAAGGACUUACUAAAUUUUCAGAUCAACUCAAUAACAUUUGUAACAAUUAUGAUUCUAACAGUUUCUUUAGUAAGAUUGUAAUUCAGGAUAUGAUUUAUUUUGUCACUUAAAGCAGUUUAUUUAGUGAGAAGAAUGCUGGAGUUAUAGGUGCACCACAUGUAAGCCGAGGCUCUUAUUUAUUUCAGAAACUCACAGAACGAAAAAAAAAAAUGCUCUCAAUUAAUUUAAGGUUGAAACAGCCAAACAAAUGCAGUGAUGACUAGUGCAACCUUUGAAUAAAAAAUGCAGUAAUAAUACCGAUUAAAUAUAAUAUUUAAAUUAAAGUAAAUCUUAUACAUGAGGGUAAAAUUGUUAUCUCAAAGAAAUUGAGGAUCAAAAGAGGGAAGCUCUUAUGAUCAAUGUCGCCUUAUAUUCCAGUGGAAUCGGAAGUACGCUGUUGUUACUUAUAAAAGCACUAGCAAACCCGGCGAACUCCGUUUCGCCACCAGAUAGCUUCGUUUUAUGUAACAUUUCGUUUGGUGAUUAAAAGAUGAAGAAAUUUUUUUUUUUUGUUUUAUAUUUGAAAAGGAAAAUUUUUAUUUCAUUUCACAACAGUAAUGAAUUCAUUUUGAUAACAAAAAUGAAGUGUUAUGUAGUUGAACUUCUCUAAGUAAAUGAAAGUGAAUCCAAAGUAAAUACUGAAUCGAAGCGUUAUACGUGUCCGCAAAUUAUCCGUUUCAUUGAAGUGCUCUUUGGUAAACCACAUUUUUUGUUUUUUGGUCUGACGUUAACACAAACAAAGCGGAUGGUUUCCCAACUCGUGAACACGCAACGUAUAACUGCCCAUGUGAAAAACAAUGAUUUUCUAAAUUUAUUCCGCAAACACUAAGCGAUUGGCCUUGCGACUUGUUAAUUGUCAUUGCGAACGCAAGGCGAACUGGAAAUUGCAAUCGUUUGAAGUCAAACGGAAGAUCAGUCGGAAUCAUUGGUAUUCGAGGAAUACAUACAUUUUCACUUGCGUACUUUCCGUUAAUAAUGGUUGCCUCAAUCAAAUUCGGCAUAAGUCUUUUUACCGAAAGUCGAGUACCGUUGCAAAGUCGCGGUGGAUUCAAAUUACGCAAUAUCAUAAUAACUGUACCAACUUUGAGUAGCAAGUUAUGUGGUGGAAAUCCUGGUAACUCCAGAGAGUUCAAAAACUCCGUUGGAUAAUUUACUACAUCAUCGGGAUUUGUUAUGGAAUCAACGGAUUUGUAUGUCACCAAAUCGCCAGAAAUUUUUGAUUGAAUGGUGAAAUUCAGUGCGUGUACAUCAUUAUUCUUUGCGGCAAGAAUUGCUCGUUGACUUAACCAAGCAUAAUUCUGAUAAUUCUCACUAAUGUUUGGGAAAACAUUUUCAAUAAGAGCUAAUUGAGAGUCUACAAAUCGGCAAAAGUCGUUGGUAAGAGUAAUUAAUCCAGAUGUCGCAUCAACUGGGACUUUUUUUCACAAUUUCACAGUAAACAUAAUACAGGUUUGUCACAUGAAAUUAACUGAGCAGAGAACAAUGAGUAGUUGAUUUGAUGGUUUCCAAUUGAAAUGUUAGGAAACGAAUAACUUAUUUUUUUUUCUUUUUUUUCACAAUUUCACAGUAUACACUAUACCGGUUUGUCACAUGAAAUUAACUGAGCAGAGAACAAUGAGUAGUUGAUUUGAUGGUUUCCAAUUGAAAUGUUAGGAAACGAAUAACUUUUUUUUCUUUUUUCACAAUUUCACAGUGAACACAAUACCGGUUUGUCACAUGAAAUUAACUGAGCAGAGAACAAUGAGUAGCUGUCAAACAAUGUAUCACGCACCGGCGCCAUCUACUUAAAGUGUUGGUUUGUCCUGAAUUUUUCCUGAAUUUUCUUUGCUAUAAACCUCACGGAGCCCGAGACCUUUCCAACGACUGCAAAACCGUGGAAAUCGGUUCGUGCGUUCUGGAGUUAUAGCGUCAGGAAGGAAAACCCGACUUAUUUUUAUAUAGUAGAUGAAUCACACUCUAAUAGGUAAGUUAUUUGCAUAAUCGAGAAGUUAUGUUAAUUUAAAUGAUAUGCACAGCAGCUCAGAGGUGACAAAAUAUUUCUCGGUUUGGCCAGAGAAAUGCGCCGGGUCUGGUGCUUUAUCUAGGAAAAGCAUCUUUUGUAAAAUCUCCCCAUAAAUGAUUUUUAAUGUAUUUCAGAGCCAUAUAAAGCUACUUACUCCUAAAUUAUGUGAGAUUUUGGUUCGACAAGUAUUAAAAACAGCAAGCCAGAAAAAUUAUUUAAUUAAGUGUAUCAAACCUUAUUAAAACCUGUCAAUCUACUCAUGUACACACAUAAUAGGUCUUAGUCGUUAUUUUGGAGUUGUAUGAGCAGCUAAAUUUAAUUAUACAAAUAAUACAGUUUUCAAGAAUGGAGCGAUGAGAGCUAUGUACAUUUCAAACAAAUGAUGCCUUCCCUACAGAAGAAGCUGUGUUGUUCCCUUGUGAAGUUUAUGAUGUCAUUUAUCUUACUGUGGGGAUCUGGUGUGCCCUUCCGACUCACAGCUGAAAUAUCGGGUGUUCUUAUGGUUGGAUUCUCUUUUCUACUGUCAGAAGCUGAUUCCACUGACGAGAGUUCUAUUUUAUCCCACGACUGCUGAGAGGCAGCUGAGGAAUGAUGCUUUUAUUAUCUCUUUUAGAGAAUAUUCUUAGCCGAAGCAGACGAUGUGGUUUUGGACUUGAUUUUGUAAAGGCAAAUUUGAAAUGAGAAUCUUGUAAAUGGAUUUUCUUUUUUUGUGUUUCAUCAAGAGCAUCAUUUGAUCAUAUUAAAUACUUUCUUUAAAGAAAACAUGAUUGAAAGACGCCAUCUUGGAUUCAACAAUUUUGUAAUCUAUUUUUUUAUAUUUUUUUAAUAUUAAUAUUUUGACUCUGUUUGACCAUAGCACCUAAUUAAUGGGAUGUCUUGUUAUUAAUUGUGACCAUUAGCUACAAAUAGUAGUCUCCUGUGAAAUAAUUAUUGGUGUUUAGAAUUUGUAAUUUUUAUCAGAAUGUAUACAGCUGUAAUAAUACUGUCAAAAGACACUAAUAUAUGGUCUUCAGAAAUCAAUAAAUGGUAAAAUUAUAAUAUAUAUUAAAAAUUAAUAUAUUAAUUGAUGAUAUACAAAGAAUUUUAAUGAUAACAAGCAGAGUAGUGUCAAACUGGCAACAGUGGAUGCCAUUUGUUCUGAAUUGCAAUCUAAAGCCUUGUUCCAAAUGGUUUUCUACUGAUAUGUACUGUCAGUAGAAAAAGAUAACCAUCCUAAAAAAAAAUCUGUUAUUUCUAAGUGUGAAGAGUAAACUGAUAAUGCUGAAUUGUUAUUUACAUAAAUAGAACGUGUGUUGGCCUGUAACUUAGUAUCAGUAUUGUUGUUUUUUGUAACAUAAAACCUGUUCAAUAAAUAUUUUAAAACAAAUG